AUGAUCAAUAAAGUCCUGGAACCUAAGGAUGAUAAGAGCCGCACUGGGAUUCCCAAGGAAUUAAAGGCAUCCGCCCCGUCCGAGACGGCCACGAGUAGCCGCUCAAAAAAUCGUGCGGUCAAAAUCAAACCACGUCCCGCUGAUUACCAACCCCAUGCUCCGAGAUUUUCUCAGGCCGCGACGUAUACUCAUCCUGAAGUUCCGCAUGCCCAAGACGAACAAUUAAAUAUCCCCUAUUCUGGACCUGACUCCGCGAGCCUAUCAAGCUUCUCUCCCGCUUACGGCUAUGACUGGUAUGCGCAAACUCGCGGCGGACCUGAAGAGGUGAACAUGCAGCCAUUUAAAUGGGAAUUAGCAGCUUUUAGUUAUUACCAACCCACCACGGUCUACCAGCCAGUCACUCAGUGGGGUUAUGUACCUGUCCCAAUCGAUUCAAAUCAUUUAGCCGCGUCGAAUCAUCCGCACCAAGCAGCAACGGACUUACCCUCGGAGAACCCGCAUAGAAGGAUUAGCAAUAUACGUACUUUUGCACACAAAGGAGAGUCUCAUUUAGCUCGAAAGGAAGGGUCGUUCAGACAAGCCAAUGCUCCAGGUCAUGCCCAUGCGGCUGGCAAGAUUAAAAAGAUUUUAUCUCGAACAUCGAGUAUAAGUCCAAUGGAAAAAGGCCAUCCUGAGUGCGCUUCGUCUGGUUUCUUGCAGCCUGGGAAUUCCAAAGACUUUUCGGACGACAAACUUCGAAAAAGACCUAUCAAAACAAAAUCCAAAGAAGACACAACCCACAUGGAAGUGUCUGAGAUAGAAGACGUCAAUCUGAAAAAGAAAGUUGGGAAAAUUGAAGAAGAUUCUGACGCGGAAAUACUUACUUCUCAUUACAAAGAAGUGAAGGUCAUGGCGGAAUCGAAAGAGAAAGGACCCAUGAUGUCUCGAAGCCACUUGGCAAUCCCCCCGACUGAAAGAGAGGGUUCAAGCUCUUCAAUGGACCAUUUGAUUGAGCCUGAAGUUUCAAGCGAGGUAGAAAGGGGGGGUCCAACGCCAACCUCGAGCGGUAAAAGCAUCAGCUGGACUGAAGUUUCAAGUGAGAGAGAUAGUGCAAGUGGGACAGAAUCUUCUGGUGAUAUGGACCACUUGAGUAAAUUGGGAAGUUCUAAUAAGAGAAGAAAUGAGUUAUUGAAUAACUUGAGGAAAAUUCAAGUCCAUAGAAAAUCCAAGACGAAAAAUAUUGAAAGUAAGCUGGAAGUAUACGGAGUUGGGGAUGCAGAGGGUAACAAUGAAGCAAAGCGAGCAGAAAGCAAAUCAAAUCAAAAACAAAAUACCCAGGAUAGCCAGAAAACGGACUUCAGCCCGGAAGAGAAUUCUGCGCUCACUUCAAACGUUUCCAAACAUGAUUUCACAAAAGGAGACUGGAAACAAAAAGGUAUGAGCAAGAAGCUUGAGGAAAAGUUCAAUCACAAUUAUCAAGCUGAUAGCUCUCCAGUUAAUCUAAACCCUUCCAACCAGGAUUCUACAAAAUUAGAUUGGGAACACAAGGCUAUAAGGAAGAAGCAAAAAGACACAUUAAUUCACAAUUUGGAAAGUGAUGAAAAUGAUGAUCGGGCUACUUACACAAAACUUGCGCACUGA